AUGAGUAUCUGUCGUUAUGUGCUGUUGACCGACCUGAGCUGGAGACGGGUUGAGUUUUACAAGAGGACGCUCAUGACCCAAUCCCGGAUUUCUUUUUCUGACAAACCCGAGUCGGAGACAGACUUGAGUUUUACAAAACGACGCUCAUACCGGGCCCGAUAUAUCAAAACGAAAGCUAGGUUAGGGGUCCAAAACUAUACACGAGUGGAGAUGAACGGUGAGCUGCUCAAGCCAAAACCUUUGGCGCCAGAGGAGGUGUACAGGGACUGUUCCGAGGAGGCCGAUGGAGAUACUGCUGCUGGUGACUACGGCAAGGAGCUUGCUGAACAGCAGGAUCUGGCGUGCAUCCUGCCCGACGACGUGCUAGCCGACGUCCUCUGCCGCCUCUCGCCGUGCUGGCUUGCCGCGUCCUGCUGUGUCUGCAGGGACUGGUGCGCCGCCAUCGACACCUGCCGGCUGCUGCGUGUGGACCUGCUCCCCCUCUCCUUCCGCGGCAUCUUUCUCCACUUAGACGAACAGAUGUUACCGGAUUUUUUUGCUCGCUCCUCCGCCUCAACGGAGGCCUUGGACUUCCUUCCUGACCCUAACACCUACAUGGAGGUCUCUAACCGCGGCUACCAUCAAACUUGGCGGGACUGUCAUAUUCAGGAUCACUGCAAUGGCCUCCUCUUGCUCAGCAGACACGUGGUUAACCCAGCCACACGGCACUGCUACCUUCUGCCGCCAUGCCCGCCGGCGCCCAGGCUCGUCAGGCAUAUGGCUGGCCACGUCAAUGCAUCAUUCAACACCUACCUAGUAUAUGAUCCCAUGGUGUCACCGCACUACGAAGUGUUCAUGAUCCCCCGCCGGUUUUCCGUCGGCCUUGUGGAGGAGCUUGAUGAUUUUGACCCCUUAGUGAAAGAAUGUAGGUGGGCAUCCUCUCCAUGCAUCUUCCGUGUCUUCUCUUCAGAGACGGGUACAUGGGAGAAGAGGUCCUUUGUUCGAGAAGGGCGUGUUCAAGGCACCAACGUCAAGCAGUUCAGGUCGUUACGCUGGCGAGAACGUGCUGUCUAUUGGCGAGGAGCACUUUACCUUCAGCGCGAAGCUAAUUUCGUUGUAAGAAUAUCACUAUCAACCCACAAAUACUGCGUAAUUAAACCACCCGUGGAUAUGGGACUGAGCCUACGUACAACUCGUUAUCUAGAGAAGUCAGAACAAGGGGUGUACUUUGCAGCACUUGAUAACUAUCAUCUUCGGGUUUGGGUCCUCAAGGAAUCAUCUGGUCAAAGGGAGUGGAUGUUAAAGUAUGAUAACGACCUUCAGGCUGCCCUAGCACCUCACCACGGCCAACAAGUUCACAGGCCCUGGGACCUGGGUGUUGAAAGAUGUUAAGUACAACUUGUCUUGUUCUCAUCCCCCAGACUACAAGAAGAAAGAUACACUUGAAGAGGAGUUUGAAUGGAACUCCGAUAGUGAUAAUGUUGAUGGUCAAGCCAAGAAUGAAGGGAAUGAUAAAGCAACAAUUAAACAGAAGCUUCAACAA